CUUGACAGCAUCUAUUGUCAUGGAUGCCGCAAACCACUGUGUUGCUGUUGUGCCCUGCUCGAUGGAGAACACUACAAUGCCAAGCUUUACUGUGACAUCCGCGUGGAAAUUGAGAGCCGGAAGGAGGAACUGGGCAGGAUAAAGGAGGAGCUGGUCAAGAGGAAGAGGAGCUUUGAGAAUGCGCACAAGAGCGUCUAUGAGCGACUGCAGAAGCUGGAGAGGUUGCAGAACGAAACCCGAGAGCAGAUCCAGAAGAAGGUGGAUGAGAUGGUCCAGUGGAUCCAGCAGAAGGGGGAUGAACUUUUGGAGAAAGUGAACCAUCAAUUCUGCCAGGAGCAGGAAGAAGCCAAGAAGAAGCUGGACUCUGCUGAGCAGAUCAUCAAGCGAGUGGAGGCCGGCGAGCAGAUGGUGGAGAAAAUGGACCUCUUUGGAUCAGACCAAGAGGUGAUGGACAUGCACCCCUUCAUCAAAGAGUCCCUGGAGAAGCUCAAGAAAGAGAAGUUUCCAAUUUCAAGCUUUCAGAUGCAAGUAGAGAACUUCGAUGAGGUCAGAGGGGAACUCCAAACUCUGCUUAAGAGGGUCAAAGGAGAAGAUACCCGUCAGCGUACAGUUUCCAUCCCCGGAUCUCAUAAUUCCUUGGUCAAUUUGGAAGGUCUGCACCAUGAGAAAAACCAGCCAAAAUCUCAGGCGACAAAAGUGCAGAUACCCACAUACAUUCUCAGUCUUGCCAACACACUGCAGGGUUUUACCCCCUCAAUCUCACCAACUAAGCGACCAGGGACCCAGUUGGAAAAGUCCAUCCAGGCUUCUCCCAAGAUGUUGAAGUUGGAAGAAUGUGAGCAUGACGCUCCUGAAGUCUCCAACAAGCGAGCCCAAGAGGACGGCCCCAAAUCUCGACGGCUUUCGUUCCGGGAAUCAACCCCAGAACAUGAGCAAAGAGGAGUUUUCAAAUCGAUUGAGUCCUUGGAGGACUCGCCUCCUGGGAUCUGUGAAACAGAGGUCGCCAGUAUUGUGAUCAGUAGUUCUGAAGACACCGAAGAUGAUGAUGCGGUGAGGGUGAGGAGAAGGUCCCAGCAAAUGGAAAGGAAAGAACAGGAUGACCGCUUGGAGUGACUAUCUGCUCCUUCCAGACUGGUUUCCAGUAAGCCGGGCCUGAGUUAGCAGCCACAGGACGGAUGUGCAAUUUCCCCUUUUCUUCUGUGCUUCUUCCAAACACAUCCCUGCCAGUGGGGCAACUGUUUCUCAGAGCACCAGUUUGGGGCUGUUGUGUUACUCCCGUGCCACUGCAUCGUGGAAAAUGCCUUUCUCCAAAUUUGCGCCCCGUUUUAUCCAGGCCUUAAUAAUAGCACUGAGUUCUGAAUCAUGCAUCGCUGAUCAUCUCCAGUAUCCAGAGGCCUUCCACGGAUGGCAGAGUCCAACAGGGCCGCUGAAACCCUCUCCGCUUGGCUCCUGGGUACCGCUACUUGCCCGCUCUCUAAGAGUUUCUCCCAAAUAGCCUUUCCGUAGUUUUCGUUGCCUUGUUUUUAGCUCAGUAACUAGAAGAACUAAAGCUAAGCAGCCCCCCGCUUUCAAUCAGUGGAUUUGGCCUACCUGGUUUCCUGGUUAUUCCAGAAAGUUUGUACGACCUUUUUGUCAUCCCUUUUUUAAAGGACAAAGAUGCUGUGUGCUGUUUCUCAUAUAUCAUUUCUCUUGCUGCAGUGAUCAUAUAUUGAAAUAAUCUUUUCCAUGGUGUUUUUCUAACUCUUUAUCCAUCAAUCCUAAAGGGAAAAGUUCUGGUUUCAAUUGAAUAUUAAUCUUUAAAAUCUUCUGUAUCAGUGUAUGUAUUCGAAUCCAAAAUUUGUUAACUUUUUUACAUGUCCCCCAGGCAUGAUAAAAUGUCCCUUCACGUUGCUCACAUUUCCAACAUACAUUUGAAAGGCCCACUGAAGCUGGUAGAGAUCAUCAUCCCAAAGUAAGUUCGAUUUCUCAGUUUCAAGGCCAAGUCAGUUUCCCACUGAUUAUUCCUAAGUCCCUUUUGUCCCCUUGAUGCGGUACUACGCUGUUACAGGAUCCGGUAGCCAAAACGCUCUGGAUUGUCCCCGAAGAAACUGACCUUGAUUAUAAACCAUAGUGUGUGCCCACUGUGAAAACAGUGUGGAAGUGGGCAUCGCUUCUCUCUUCAUUAAAGGAACCACAUUAAUUGUGGUCUUUCUAAUAAGCCUGAAAAAGAUGCAGCUACUUUAAUGAAUCAAGUAAUGAAAGUGCUGUGUCCUAAUGCAGCUCUUAAAGAGAGCUGUUCCUCAAGUUGAAAUUAUGACUUGGCUUGCCUGCCACGCUAAGCGAGCAUUGGUUUAAUCAUGGAUUGUUGAGUAAACAUGGCUGGCUGGGUUCACAGAGUACAUUAAGAUCCGAAUGGGGUUUAUAAACCACAGUGGCUAGAUUCCCGCAGCAUGCUAAGCCGGAACCAAAUCAAGCACAUUAAGGCUAGCCCAUUUUGGGAAGUUUGCUUGUAUCAUGUUCGUAUGGCACAAAGACAGGGGAAACAGUAGAGGGCACUCUAGCACAAGGAGAGUUAACGUGCCAAGCCUUGGUGCCUCAAAAGAGCAGAAUCUCUGGGAAGUUCCUGGCCGUGGGUGCAGGGCCGAAGAACGAAGCCCUCUAUUUUUUGGUCGUGAAAACCGGAGAAGCCAAUUUUAUUUUGCGCUUUUUGAAGUAUGCUCUUUCCCCCCAAAUUUUAGAGGAACUCCUGCCAGAAAAGGAGUAUCUUAAAAAAUUCACAUUUCAGAAAAAAAAAAAAAAGUUCUCGUGAUCAUGCUGGUGGAUAAAUUAAAACAAAGGCUAAAAGGUGAUACGUGUUGUUUCCAGUUUAAAGUGGGAUCUCUGGAUGCCCCCCCCCCCCAAUCUUUGUGCAUCCUUUCCUGGCAUGGAAGAGUGAUGUGCGUGGGAGAGUCACAGAAUUAUCAGCGGCUGGGCUAAAGAUCUCUUGAACUGACCAUGGGGAGUCCUAAAAGAGAAAUCCUCCUACAGAACUUCUGGAGGAACUUCUCUCCAGCUCUAAAGCAAGUUUGAGGCCAGCUAGGUCAAUAGUUAAAGUAUUUGCUGGAAACCCUUUAAGGAGAGAAAGAGGACCUAAACUUCCAAGAGGUGCCAGAAAGAACUCUGGAGAAGCUGCUCUUCCUUCUAAAUAGCUGCUUUUGCUGCUCUUAAGAUGACUGGUUGCCUGAUAAAUAGCCAUCAUCAGGGUGCAAAGGGACCCUAAAGAAGCCCCUCGCUUAAAUGAGAGCUUUAAUAGAUGAAGUGGGCUACCUUGAGAUAGGUAUAAAGGGAGCUGAGCAAUUCUAGAUUUCCCCUUUAGUUUUUCUGUCUGGUCUGCAGAAAGGAAGAAGCAGUUGGAGGACAUGGACCUUCAAGUGGCUGGCAGGCAAGUGAAUGACUCUGAUUUAACCCUUUGGUGUGGUGGCUAGGAACCCCAGAAUUGCAAUCUUAAGGUUGUAUCCUGAAAUGAGGCUAAACUUGAUCCAGUUUCCAGUCUGAUUCCUUGUCCACCUUGGUGAGUGUUGACAGUCCCACAAGGAAUGAAAACUGAUAGGACCAGAGAUAUCAUGUUAUUCAAUAAUGCUCUAAUAAUAUUAUUAAGAUGCAGUAAUAAUGAUCAUCAUCAUCAUCUUGGGGAGCUGCUUGAAAGAUGCUUGUUUAGUGUUGAUGCCAUAAUCCAGAACUGCAACUGUAUGCAACCAUUAACUGAUCCUAAGCAGAUGGUUUCCUGUGAGGGUAAGAAAUCCUUGGAAAGCAGGAUCUGUGUCCUGAGGGUUUCUCUACAGUUAGGAUAGUAGAAUUUAUUUAUUUGAAAGGCCAUUUAUUCAUGAGGAAGGGCUCAAGAUUUUCUUUCCAUCAAAGCCAGUGAGACAGAAAGAAAAAGUUGGAGGAAAAUGCUGAGAGUGGGAAACAGACCCAUAGAUUUGAAGGAGAUUUGUCCUAUAGUGAAAGCUACAUAGUGUUAAUAAACCAACAUUAGAGAGGACCCGAGAACUAGGCUGUUGCACCUAUGGCUUCUUGUUAGGGUGAAGAUUUGCUGGAAUCAGUUGGAAGAUGUGACGUGCGGUAAACUGGGUGGCCCGAGAUGGUCUCCAAAUCUCCUGCCAUUUUACUCCUCUCUUUGCUUCAUUCUCUGACCCCAGUAGUCCGUCUGAAUUCCUAUACAGGACAGGAACUAGGGCCCUGCAGAAAAAGUGCCAUAGUUUUCCUUCCAACUUUUACUCUGUUGAAUGAAACAGAAUGUGUUUUGGAACCCUUUCAAAAGAGAAGAAAACAGUGAUCAAAUCUGGGACUCUUGCACUGAUUUAUACACCAAGUGGCCGAGGGAUGUGCAUGAAUGUCCUGUCUCUUCACAGUUUGUGUCCUCCCUGCUUUUCAACCCCUCCAGGAAAUUCCAAGGGAACUCCUUCCAUGUCCCCUUCCCACCCUGGACUGGAAGGCUGAGAAUCUAAGGAGGCUUCUGAGUAAUGGAAAGAGGCUCUUGGAAAAGCAGCAGUGGUGCUCCCCUCUGUCAUUUCCAACAAACUCAGAAACACUUCGGAAGAGCAAUGGAAAAGAAGUAUCAGGAAGUCACAAGGUUGAGUUCAGUUGAGCAUCUAUUCCUGCAAUGCAAAUUCACAAAUUAGAAAUCAGUUAGAAAGCAGGUGUGGGUGAAUGUGGAAUAGUGGAAGACAGUCCAGGGUGCAGAGACCCCUUCACUUGAUCACUUCCAGGGUACUAUGUCCUAGUGGACUGUAGUAGCUUACUCAAUGUGGCAGAUGAUGGCCACUCCAUCCAUGCUUGUGUAAUUUCCUGCAAUUUAUAAUUCAUAUGUUACACAUUUCCUAAAGCUGAGCACGUACCAAGGAUGAGAGAAGGAGAUCCCUGUCUGGAAAGGCACGGAGAUCCUAUGGAAAUGUCUUGGACGGACAGCAUUUUCAGAGGUUCAGAAGGAGAAUGGGGUUUUCCCUAUUAGCUCCCUGGAGAUGUUGACCCCUGAAUUUAUAAUCUGGAAGGAAAGCAGGUGUUCUUACCACCUCAUGGUGCAGAUGCUAUGAGAUGUGCAAGAACAAAACAUCUGUGAAAGCAGUUGCAUUCAAGGUGGAGAAACCAUGAGAGUCUCGUUAGGUUCAAGGACUCUACUAGGUGUGAAUUAACAGAUGAUUAAAUAAUGAACAGUGCCUGGGAGGCUGUAGUUCUUGCCCCCGCCCUGGGAGAACAUCAUAGCUAGAAGAAAAUCCAGCCUGGUCAGAAAAGGUACACUAAGGAACUCACAUCACCUUCUUGGCUAGAAGGAGUGCUGCAACCAAGAAUGGAUGUUGGAGAGUUUCCUUCUUGUCUCUCUUUCUCUCUCUCUUCUUUUGGAACCAUGUCUUUUAUAUGUAACUAAUAAGCUGCUUUGCAUUGUGAGCCUUUUAUGGAAGAAGAGUGGGGCAAAAUACUUUAAAUGUAUAAAGAAACAUACAUUUAUUUGCAUAUGGCUUUGGUUUGAACAAGAAUGCAGGCUUUUAUUUGUUGACCAGGCAUUCAUAAGUUAUUCUUAUGUGUAUGGAAAAGGGGCACGCGUGUUCUAACACAGCCUCCCCACAGUGAUCACCUACCAGUUGCAUGGAUUUCAACUCCCAGAAUUCUCAGCGAUUGCCUUGCUAGCUGGGGAUUCUGGGAAGUGGAGUGCACACCCUGCAGAUUGGGUAAAGCUGUCCUAAAUCACUGCUUCCCAGCUGCAGUUUUCAAAAGUACUUACUUUGGAACAAUUUGGAUAGCUUCAAAGUCACAGGGUUAGUAGAAAACAUCUCUGCAGACUGGAUAUUAGGCCCUCUGCGCGGUCGCUCACGCUCUGGUCACCUCCCGGUCGGAUUACUGCAAUGCGCUCUACAUGGGACUACCCUUGAAGAGUAUCCAGAAGCUACAGCUGGUGCAGAAUGCAGUGAUGUGGACAGUUUUGAACACCCCCGGGGGGCACAUAUAACACCUCUGUUACGUGAGCUGCAUCAGUUGCCGGUUUGUUUCCA